AGUCUGCCGUUUUUUGUAUUCCGAAUAAGUUAUUAUCAUAUAAAUAAAAUAACGCAGAUUUUUUUACCUAAACGCAAACAGGUGAAAUACCGCGGCAAAACUGGUUUUUUAAGUGUUGUUACUACUGGGUCUUAGACACGACGUUGUCAGUCGACCGCAACUCAUCCCAACUACCUCAGUCUGACUUACAGUGGCCAGCAGAAUAGUGCACUAUGAGGAAAACAAUGUUAUUUUGUGUUUUACUGGUGUCGUUGAUAUGUAACAGUUCCGGACAUUCAAUACUCGGUGGAAUACUAUCUGGAGCACAUGAAAUCGGUACGAAAGUGCACAAUACUUUAGGGGGCCUGGCUCAGGGCGCCCUGAAUUUUGGGGGGCAUCUACAAAUCAACCAUGGGCAUGGGCAGUCAGGCCACCGACCACCCCCACCGCCUCCACCGCCGCCUGGUUCUGGAAACCCCACUGAAACUAUCAUCGUAGUCGUAGAAAGUGACGGAAACUCGCAUCAUAACCAUAACCAUCAUGGACAGAGACCAUCAUACGGGAACGGACAACAAAAUAAUUAUAAUAACCAAAACCGGCCGGGAUAUAACUAUGGACCUCCCAACAAUGGACAGUCGAACGGCAAUAAUUACAACCAGCAAAAUCCUAGACCCGGAUACGGCUACAACCAAGGACAAGGAAAUCCCAAUGGAAAUCCCUACAACAACAAUAAUCAGAAUAAUUACGGUGCCAGACCUCAGAAUAAUGAAAACUUCAAUCAAAAUUAUGGUACCAAACCGUCUUACGGUAACGGUGGCAACUACAACCAAAACAACUACGGUUCGCCUCCUACUAAUAAUGAAAAUUACAAUCAAAAUUAUGGAACGAAACCGUCAUACGGUAACGGUGGCAACUACAACCAAAACAACAAUCAAAAUCAAGGAAUACCUAAUAACCCUCCACCACCGUUUGAGAAACCCACUCAAGAUGGGUCGCUGGACCAAAAUAUUGCCAAUGUUUUCACGACCGAACCGCCUAAAAAGAAUCCGUAUGGCUGCGUUUAUGAUGUAAACAAGGAAAACACAAAUAAUAUUCCUACUACUAAGCCGGAGGUUGUAAACAAUGAGCAUACGACUAAAAAAGAUGAUGACGUUCCUCUAUUCGUGCCGCUCAAUCCGAACCAGUACCACUACAACGGCGAUAAAAUUGAAGUCAAAGAACCAAAACGUGAGACAAAACCUGAAACGGAGGACAACGAAAGUUAUCCCAUAGACAUAAGAUUUGGCGAUGAUAAAUAAUUUAGUUUUAAGUUAUUUAAACUAAAAUGAAUGACUGAGUAACAACUUUUUGAAAGGGUGUAAAUUAAGUUUUUUUAAUGACCCAAAAAUAUUUGACUUAUCAGUAUUUUUAACUGAAACAUAAAUGUUGUGUGAAACUAAUUUUAAUAAGUUAAAUAUAAA